CUUCCUCUCACCGCCUCUCUCGUGAUUUUUCUUUCUUUUUAUAUUUAUCCAACAAUUUUUUUUUAAUCUUUUUAAGAUACCCUUUUCGCUUCUUGGUUUGAAAGGCUAUGGCUUUGCUCGUGAGCUUGAUCUUAGGGCUAAUCGCAGGAUGGUUAGCUUUCGUUGUUGGAUUGGUCAUAGGAUGGGCAUGGAGACCCAGAUGGGUUUCUUCUUCGGAUAAGGAAAGAGUCAAACUUGAGUGUUCUGCUCCGACUCGAUCUUUUGAUUUGUCUUUACCAUCGUCUCCGUCUCCUCGUUCAGCAACAUCUCCGUUAAAGGGAUUUGGUUCUGCUCCUUGCUUGAAAGCUCUUGUUUGUGACACAUGGACUAUGGCUUUGAGACAGCAGAAAACAGUUUCCCAUGUUUCUUCAUCUUCUUCAUCAUCAUCAUGUGAUUCUUCUGAUGUGAUUGCUGGAGGGAAGAAAACAGAGGAGAGGUUGCCUAAUACUGUAACGGAGUUAGAUUUGAGACAGCUUGUGCAGUUGGUUGAGAGGAAAGAUGGUGGUCAGGCUUGGAUUCAGAUGAUGGACCGGUUUACUCCUGGUAUGAGAUAUCAAGCUUGGUUAAGAGAACCUAAGAAUGGUCCUACUGAGUAUAGAAGCAGAACUGUGUUUGAAGAUGCAACUCCUGAGAUGUUAAGAGAUUUUUUCUGGGAUGACGAGUUUAGACCAACUUGGGAUACAAUGCUCGCUAGCUCCACAACUGUUGAAGAGUGUACAAGUACUGGAACCAUGAUUGUUAGAUGGAUACGCAAGUUCCCCUUCUUCUGCAGCGAUAGAGAGUAUGUGAUUGGUCGCAGGAUAUGGAACUGUGGCAAAUCUUAUUACUGUGUUACAAAGGGAGUAUCAGUUCCUUGUAUACCACGCAACAACAAACAGAAACGUGUGGAAUUGUUCUACUCGAGCUGGUGCAUUCGACCAGUGGAAUCAAGAAGAGAGGAUGGAGUAGCAAGUGCCUGCGAAGUGCUUCUGUUUCACCACGAAGACAUGGGGAUACCUAGAGAAAUCGCAAAGCUAGGAGUGAAACGAGGGAUGUGGGGAGCGGUUAAGAAGAUGGAGCCAGGUUUACGCGCUUACCAAGAGCAAAGACUCUCAGGAUCCAAGCUUUCUCGGCCAGCUUUAAUGGCUCAGAUCAACACCAAGGUCACAUCAGAACAUCUCAUCUCCCUCAGCAACGGUGCUUCGCCUGUGAGUGAAACUCCCGUUACACACAACGGAGGAAACGUAGCUGCGAAUUUGAAGAAGUUGUUGUUUAUCGGUGGAGCUGUUGCGGUUGUUUGCGCUUUGACCGGUGGAGGAGGAGCUCUUGUUCCUCCUGCUCUUUUAGGGUUUGGGAAGAGGUUUGUUAAUGGUGGGAGAAAACGUGAGCCCCAAGAAACUUCAAGAACAACUACUCAGAGUCAAACUACUGCGACAUAGAUUGAAGUUCAAAUGAUUCAGGAUUAGUUUGUAGAACUGUAAUAAGCUGUUCCUGUUCACCUUUAUACAUAAGGAACAGUUUUUAUACAAGUACUCAAUAAAAAAAGUAUUAAUCAUUUAAUAGUAAACUAGAGAUUAACCUCCACAUCCAUAUGGUUCAUAUAUUUUUAUAUAUUGUUAUUUAUUUUUUAUAAUUA